AUGGGCGUUUGUUUCAGCAAGAAGAGGGAGGAGGAGCCUUGUGCUCCUCCAGAUCCAGCUGCAGCUUCAGCUGAGCCCAAGAUCCCAAUUCCAAAAGAGAAGAAGAGCAAGAAGAAGAACGAUGCCAACGCCAACGCCAACGCCAGUGCAGCAGCCAAAGAGGAGACAACACCGAAAGAAGCAAAACCCCCUCCGCAAAUGGAAAAGAAACCAGUCUUCGUUGUCACCCAAACCCCCAAGAAGAAAUCCCCCGCUACUUCUCAAGAGGAGAAAAAGCCCAGUUGUAAGCCCACUAAUCCAGUCGAGCUCAAUGCUACAACCAGCGUCUUUGUCUCCCUCCCGAAACCCACCGAAGAACCGAAAGCAGCA